UCUGCACAGUGCACUUCUCUACUUUGUAGGGUUCGCUUGUCUGCGUGAAGCCUGUGCGUCCCAUCUGUCAUCCGCAACGUCCGCUGUCCACGUCGAUCGUAGCACCAUUUGAUCGUUCUCCUCCUCCGACACCAUUCACCGCGACCCUCUCGCCAGGCAGAUUGAGACCGCCUUCACGUCCCGAAAUCACCCACAGAACUCGCAUCGUCGUUCACGGGAUCUUCUUGAGCUUCGUCUGUCCACCGACACCGGCUCAUUCCCUGCAGCACUGUCAAAUGGCCUCGGACUGGUGACCACAAACCCGCUCCAUCUUCUGGCCUGGCCACAGUCGCCCGUGCAUGCCUAAACACCUCGCAGCCUGUACACGUCCGUACAUGGUCAAGGCCAAUGGUCAUACCAGCCGCCAGUGGUGAGCAAAGCACGAGGCGAGCCGUGCAAGUAUGACUUCGGACUAUAUCAAUAUUCCUGCUUCCGUCUACGCAGGCAGCCAGUCCGACAGUGACUAUGGCUUCGACAGCGUUUCCAAUAUGUUAGACGGCGCCGUCGCCCAGCCCACCAAUGGCUACACUUCAGCACCCGUGUCUGCCACUGGAGCUGUGCAGGACUUCUCCGCUUUCGACGAUUUCAUGCCCUCUCCCGCCUUGCAGACGACACGACACGACCAAUCUCCCACUCUGGGACAGCAGGUCCACCGAGCGAGCAUCGGCAGCAAUAGCUAUGGAGCACUAGCUAGGCAAGACAGCUACGCAGGCUCAGACACGACCAGUCCAGAUGGCCAGAAGAAUCACCCUACCUCCAACGCCGAUUCAUCCAACGAUCCACAAAUUGGCAACGAAGCUGCGCAGGGCACGGGUGGACCGACCGAGGACACAACACUGGGCUAUCCGCCAGCAUGGAGCGAGCUGAAGACGAAGGCCGGCAAGGAGCGCAAACGCUUGCCGCUUGCGUGCAUAGCAUGCAGACGAAAGAAGAUACGCUGCUCGGGCGAGAAGCCGGCAUGCAAGCAUUGUCUGCGCUCACGCAUCCCCUGCGUGUACAAAGUCACGACUCGAAAAGCAGCACCCCGAACCGACUACAUGGCUAUGCUGGACAAGCGACUGAAGAGGAUGGAGGACCGGGUGAUCAAGAUCAUACCAAAGGAAGACCAGAGCGUAGUGACAAGCACGGGCCGAGCAGUUGUGAAACCACCUCUACCUCCAGCUCUUCCCAAGGCUGGAGCGAGCACGAAAAAGAGGGGAGCUCAGGAAGCCUUCGGCGAUGAGCUGGACGAAUGGGCAGAAGGCAAACCAAAAUCGGCCACGGGAAAGAAGGACGCGCCCAACGCCAAAACCGAAAAGCCAGCAACAGGUAAUACAGAUGAACAAAAUCUGCUUCAAGAAGGGCUUGACAAGCUCCCCAGCAAAGAGCUGCAACAGCAUCUUGCUGAAGUCUUCUUUGACUACGUAUACGGGCAGAGUUAUCAUCUCCUGCACAAACCCAGCUUUAUGCGGAAGCUCGCUCAGGACCAAGUGCCGCCUGUCCUCAUGCUUGCCGUUUGCGCGAUAUCGGCUCGAUUCUCGAAUCACCCUGCAGUACGCACCGAGCCAGCUUUUCUGCGCGGAGAGGGCUGGGCGACGGCGUCACGAGAGAUUGCGUUACGACGCUUCGACACUCCCAACAUCACCAUUUUGAUAUGUUACCUUAUCCUGGGUCUGCAUGAAUUUGGUACAUGCCAAGGAGGACGCAGUUGGAUGUUUGGUGGCAUGGCCCAGAGAAUGGCAUAUGCUCUACAACUGCAUCGAGACCUUGAUCACGAUCCCAAAGACAGCUCCAAGGGCGGGGAGAGCGAGCUCACUUUCACAGAUCGAGAGAUUCGGCGUCGGACGAUGUGGUCUUGUUUUCUCAUGGACCGCUUCAACUCGAGCGGGACGGACAGGCCAAUCUUUGUCGGCGAGCAAUACAUUCGUGCGCAGCUACCGAUCAAAGAGCGAUAUUACCAUAUGGAGAUCAACGGGCCCACACAAGAUCUCGAAGGAAAUGUGCCGCAUCCUGUGGAUCCAGGUACGGGACAAUUGGCCAACGCAAAGGAGAACAUGGGCGUCGCAGCCUACCUCAUCCGACUCGUCUCGAUCUGGGGAAGGUUGAUUGCAUAUCUCAACAUGGGAGGCCGUGAGCGCGAUCAGCAUCCGAUGUGGCAUGAUGAAUCCAAAUUUCAAGACAUCAGACGGGCUACAGAAGCAUGGAAAGACGCAUUACCGGAAGAGUUGCAAUACAGCGCAGAGAAUUUGCAAAAUCACGCAUCGGAAAAGAUUGCCAAUCAGUUUUUGUUCAUGCAUAUUGUGCACAACCAAAUCUUGUUGUUCAUGAACUCAUUCGCGCUGCCCAUAUCGGGAUCACCUCCAACACUACCCAAAGAAAUGCCAGAAGAGUUUAUCUCCACCGCCACGCGGACGGCGCUCGAAGCUGCGAAUCAGAUCUCGGCAUUAAUUCACGAAGCAUCCGAUCAUCUUGUGGUUGCGCCCUUCGCGGGCUACUCUGCGUUCUUCAGCAGCACUGUUCAUAUCCAAGGUGCAUUUUCCAAAAAUGCAGCUUUGGAGGCGUCAAGCAAGCAGAACUUGGCGUGGAACGUCAAGUAUUUGACCAAGAUGAAAAAGUACUGGGGCAUGUUCCAUUUUGUCACAGAGAACCUGCGGGAUCUCUAUCGACGACAUGCAGAUGCUGCGCGAUCUGGUGUAGCUGCCGGAAAGGAGGGCCACGUUUUCCAGUAUGGCGACUGGUUCGAUCGUUACCCUCACGGAGUCAGCGGCACUGAUUACGAGGAGCCGAGCACAGGCGUGAAGAAAGAGCCAGGGUCGGAUGCCGUCCUUGGGCAGAAGAGCGACCUGCAAACUGUAGAAGAGUUCUUUAGCAAACUGAGUCCGCCAAGCCGUGCUGCUCAUAUUGCCGCUCAGCAGCAAAGCGCGAAGAAACCAACCAAGAAGUCCAGGAAAUCGGUAUCAGAAGGGAACAAGCAAGCUCAGCCGUCUGCUAACCAGCAACAACCACAACAGCCGCAAGCGCAGGCACAGUCACAGGCGCAACCACAGUCGGGGAAUCAGAACAUUCAACCGCAACCGCCUUUGCAGGCGCAAGUCACGCAUGAUCUAGCCGCGAACAUCAAUGCAGGCUUCGCACAAAACUCCAUCGCAUACCCGCCCGGUUUCCAACCAACGCAAAACCCUCUCCUCAUGACUCCAGCACCCCAACAAUUCAUGUCCCAACUCGACCGACAAAUGGUCCUCAACUCCUACGGCAACCAAGACCUCGGCCAAUCCAUGUUCGACAACAACGGAAACUUGACAUUCGACAAUUUCGACUACAACAAUUUCGCUGGCCCCAAUAGCAACAACACCAAUUCCAACCAGCAACAGCAACAACAGCAACAAACCAACAAUGGCAACCAAAACGGUUUCUGGGGUGAUCCUUCCACGGCGUGGUUCAUGCCGUUUAAUUUGGAUCCGCCAACUGUUGGUGAUGAUAACAAUUUGUUCAGUGGCGGGAAUAUGGAUUGGUCCGGGUUCGCUGGUUUUGGGGACUUUUCGAAUACUGCGGCUUCUAUGGCGACCACUGGUGAUGGCAUGGUUGUUGAUCAUCAAGGUGGGAAUAUGGAUUUGUCGGGGAUGCAAUGAUCGCGAGACUUGUAUAUUUGAGGCUUCUUUGUACAUCUGUGGAGUGUACAGGGAGAUAUCUGAGAAUUGCAUAUGGAUGAACGAAUAUGUACAAAUGAAAUGAAUGAUGAGGGGGUUUCAAAUGGGCAUUUAUUGGUUCCUGCUU